GUGUGAGUUUCAGAGUGGGAUCGGUUUUGGCUGCAGCAGCAGUUUUAAUCGCGCUGAAACAUACCAGCCUCGGCGUAAUUUAUUAGGAUUGUUAGAUGCGAGCAACCGAAAGUACAGCUUGGUUAUAAGAGAAAGCAAAAAGGAUGGAAAGUAUUGCUUGUUGCUUAAUCUGAAAAGUGUGGCACACAUUUGUACUUUAAAAAAAAAAAAAAAAAAAGCUGGAUGUGAUUUUCUUUUCUCAUCUCUUAUUGUUUUCUGACGUACAUGCAAAAUGCUGUGUGGCGGAAAACGUUUCUUCAGCAGCGAAACGGAAACGUCUCAGAAGUUGACGGAAGGAUCAAAAUAUGGGACGGUCCUGGAAGAAAACCUGUCAGAGGACUGCAGAGGACUUGAAUCUGACGUGGAGGUUCACUUUAACCCAAACAGCAACCCAGAACCUGCAACCAGAGCAACAAUCGAAUGAUUAAGAUCAAACUGCAUUUAUGUGCUACAGCGGCCUUUAAAUCCACAAUUAAAUCCAGUUGACGACGUAUGACCAAACCUGGAAGCUGAUGCUCGCACGUGCUCCAACACACCUCCCACACAAUCCCAAUAAAACAUAUGGUAGUUUUGUGGCUGCAAGCUAAGAGAAAUAAAGAAAAUAAAAGAAGAUUUAAGGAGCAAAAAGCCUGGCACAGAAGAGCUCUGAACUGAGAUCAAACAAAGCAAAAGCUCCAGGUUCCUUUAAAGCUUUGUGAAGGGCGAUGAAAGGAGAAACGGCUUCCACAGAGGUGGUAGCAAAACUGCUGGAAUGGUUUGGGAAGUGGCAUUAAGUGAAAACACGUUUUUUCACUCAUUGUGAUCUUGGUGAAUUAUACAUACGUGUCAAUGUUUGCCUUGUAGAUGUCAGCCGUGCAGAAGAAACGGAACAUUUCAUUGUGCCAACAGUUAAGAGUGUUCAGCUCUCUCCCACCUCAGGGGAAAUUUUACUGUCUCCAUCUAGUGGCGGACUACGGAGGUGCAUGGCUCUUAAAUUUACUAUGCUGGUGGUUGAGGGUGAAACGUCAAUAAAAGCUCAUGUGUGGAGAACAACAGUGUUGUAAUUUGUGAUAGUAAUCUGCCUCCAGAAACACACACACACACACGUAAACACUCAGGUUUCUACAACGACAACAACAAGAAGAACGAAAGACAGAAACACACGUCGCUGUCCCCAUGGCAACUGUAGCAACAUAUUGCAUCUCCCUCGCGUUUACUAUCUCUUACACGCACGCUCCCUCUGAUUUCAUCUUUCAGUCAGUCUUUGAGCGCACAAAAGCAAAAAAAAAAAAAAUAAUAAUCACAAACGCCAGUCACAGCGGGGAUUUCCUGUCUGCACUUCACUCAUUCAGUUAUUGUGCGUUUUAGGAAGAGAGACGCGAUGAGGAGAUAGGAUAGAGGGCGUCAGGGUGCGGAGGAGUUUGGGGCUUACGGGUUUUGUUCUGGAACGAGGCCCAGAGCUUAUCGGAGGCUAAAGCCUCCGUCGUCACUUUGGAGAGCCCUUCUCCUGCCAGAGAGCCGUCUUCUGCCUCACAGCAGCGCGCCUCGCGGUUCCCUCCUUUCCCUCCCAUUGGCUGAAGCGACAAAAGAACAUCUCCUGCGAGUGACAUCACUACUCUCGGCCUCUCGCACAUGUCAGGACCACAUGGCAAACAUCCACCGGAGUGGAGCAUGGUAAUUUGCUCUCAAGUUGAAACUGAGCUAUAUUUGUUUUGUGUGUGUGUGUCUAGCCCAGCUAUUCAUCAAAUUAGUCGUGCAGCUGAGGCCAAAUUGAGUUCUUAGAUGGGUCGAGGACGUUGGUGUCGUCGGUUCGGUGCUCUACGGAGGCCACAUGCUGCCGACAAUAUGCAUGAGAAGAAAAGAACAUUCUGGACGAUGUUGGCCAGCAAAGCGUGUAAAACAUUUGACACAGUUUGCAACACAUCUUGAGAACGUCAGUUGUAAUUUCUUGAGGCAAAUCGACACAGAGAGAAGCAAAUAUUUGUGGUUUUUAUAAUUUUUUUUAUUGGUUAAAAAUCUGAAAGGUUUAUUGUGUGUAUCUGGAGUCACUGAGGGAAACACUUUGGAAACAACUUUUUAGCGGAGUGACCUCUUAAGGUUUGGUACAUCUCCGCCAUGAUUCGCUCACCUGAGGACUGUUUUUCACAUCUCAUUCUAAAUCAACUAAACACAGAGCUAGCCCCAACCCUCUUCCUCCAAUUUAACUAUCCUGCCUUGAACCAUUUUGCAAAAAAAAAAAAUCCUUCACUUCCACCUUGUAAUUAUGCAGCACCCUGUGUCGGUCUUUCACAUAAAAUCCCACUAAAAUCGAAUAAAUUUCCUUGUUGCAACAUGACAAAAUUUCAGAACUAAUGAAGACUCGUUCAGGGGACUAUAAAUUUCCAUUCGCCACGACAGGCAAAUCAAUGUAAAAGUGCAUUAGUCUCAUUGCUUAGCAAGCGGCCAUUGUCGCAGCACCAAGUUUCAGUUGUUGACAAGAAGCCAAAAGGCUUUUAGACUCAGAGAUUACGGCCAUCAGUGACAGAAAAUGGUUGCGGUAAACAUAACGUAAAGCCAGCUGAAGAAAAAAACCACGUAAAACCAGCAGCAAGACCCGCCGGCUGCUGGAUUACGUCAUUCUCCGAGCAUUUGCAGUUUCAGACAUUUUUCAGCUCAGAUGACAGGUAAUCUAAUAACGAGGUGAUGCGAAGCACAUUAAACUGUGUGGAUCCACGUGUGUUGUUAUGAUGCCGUUGCCACGGGGACUUAUUGGGUAAUCGCAGGAAAAAAAUGUACCUGCUCGAGUUUGACCCUGCAGUCGCUCACGUUUAUGAAGAGCAGAGUGGCGUGGCGGAGAGAGGGUGGGAGUGGGAGUGGGGGAUAAUAUUGAGUAUUUAAGCAGAAGUGGGAGUUUUACCAGAAGGGAAACUAUUAAAUGAAUGUGGAGGUGAAACAGGAGGUAGUGUGUGACCCUUUCAGCCAUCAGUGUGCGUGUGUGGGUGUGUGUGUGUGUGUGUGUGCCACGUGACCGUCCUGACCUCCUCGUCUAUCUUCUGUAAUUGCGUUACUCUUCGAGCGUUUCACAGUCCCAUGACUGCUCAACGGAGAAACGGACCACGGUCAGCAUGAAAAAAACAAAACAAAAAAAACCCCAAACAAUCCAUUGUUCUGUUUUCAGUCUUGGUUUGGUGAAAGAAAGAGAAACUUUCUGGAAGAACAGUUCAAUUUCGCCACGUCUAUACGAUUCACACCAGGGCAUAAAAAGCUGUACAGAUUCUACUUGGCUGCUUUAUUUUCUUCUUCUUCUUCUUCUUUCUGCGCGUACAUCUUUCAUUUAUGUUACGCUUGUGCACAAUGUGACAACUGUUAGGCUGUAAAACUUGUGCAGGACAACAGGGAAGGUGUGCUUGUACUCACAGCAUGCUGUUGUAGUCUGAUAGUUGGAUGAUGGGGUGAGGAGGAGCCUGCUGCUGUGAGAGUCGGGGGCUAUAAAAGGCCUUUUCUUUGGCCACAGCCAAACACCCUGCACCACAGCAGAUCCUGCAGCCUACAGCCGUCUGGACCUGAGGACCAAACCCAAACGAAGACAAAGCUCUUCCUCUUUAGGUCAGGCAGCAUGGAUGCAAGUACUACAUCAAACUCUCAGAUCCCCACACUGCAUGCCGACGCUCUGUGUGGCAGCUGCCCGCCCUCUGGUUCUGCUCCGCAGUCCGGCGGCCUCUGGCCCACUCUGCCGACGUCCGGAGCCGGGUUCCCCGCGUGGCCCGGGCAGCCCACCCAGCCCGUCCCAUGCUGGACCGGCCAACCAAACACCGCCUGCUGGCCCGCUCCCCAACCGGCUCCGGUUUCAGUUCCCGCUCCUAUUUCAGUUUCCGCACCAACUCAAGUUAUAACGCCACCAGCACCGACCGCAACGUUGGUCCCAGCGCCAGUUCAGGUUCCGACUCCCGCAGUCCAGCAGCCCUGUCAGCCAUGUUGGCCUGCCACGCAGUACCAGCCGUCCCAGCAGCCGGCUCCGAUUCAAACCCAGGUGCCUGUUCCGGCCGGCGCCACCAUCCACCCGGGCUUACCCGGCUGGCCUGCUCACCCUGGCUGGCCUUAUAACCCGGGACAGUCAGGAUGGCCCGGACAGAAUCCAUCUAUGAUGCCGCCCCACUGGCUUCCCCCUACAUCUGGACCUAUGAGUGUGCCGUACAACUUAAACCUGGCUCGAGGAGUAUAUGACAAAAUGAUGAUGACAAUCCUGGGUUAUGUCAAACCCAAUGCCAAAAUGUUCACAGUCAACUUCCUGAGAGGCAACGACAUUGCCUUUCACAUCAACCCACGCUUUAACGAGGGGGGCAAGCAGGCGGUCGUCCGGAACCACAAAUUGGGGGAUCGCUGGGGCCCGGAGGAGAGGGACCUUAAGGGACCCUUCCCUUUCGCUCCUGGGAGCCCGUUUGAGAUGAAGAUCCUGUGCACUCCCGAGACGUUCAGGGUGGCGGUGAACAACAUCCCGCUGUUCGAGUUCCGCCACCGCAUCCGAGAGCUGAACCAGAUCGACCGGAUCAACAUCCUGAACGACGUCGUCCUCACCUACGUCAACGUGGAGACGCUUCCUUAGGGAACCCGCGGCAGAUUUUUUUUUUUUUAUAUAUAUAUAUAUACUUUUCACUCAGAAAUAAAGCACCGAUUGUCAGCUAAGUUUCAGAAAUGUGCUUAAAUCUAAACAUUUUUUUUUUGCAGUUUUCUGAAACAACUGACUAAAUAAAUUGGUGAACAACUUGGAUUGUUUUCAGAAUGAGCUUUAACUUAUCUGUUGGGACCAAAAAAAUCUAAUAGCGUUGCCUGUGUUUUCUUCUGGGGGGGCGGCAUGAACUAAUAGUAGUAUUGCUUUUUAAAUGAUUUACCAUCAUAUGAAUACCCAGGUCUUUUUCCAGGUUUUAUGACGCAAGUAAUACAAACUUGAUUAUGUUUUUUAAAAUAUUUUAUUUUGUUGUUUUUACAGAUAACAAUCCUGGACAAACACUAGCUAAACUAAAAUCUAGCUAACCAUAAAAAAUGCAAAUAAAAGUUGAAAUGACGUCGUCGGGUAACUAAAAAAAACUAGUGUUUUUUUCUGAAUAUUAGUUGCAAAAUCAAGAGGAAAGCAUCAAAAUCUGCAUGUCCAUGCAAUGUUUACUUUGCAAAAUAUUUAGAUUUUUUUUUAUAAUACUUGAAUGAUGAUUAUGUACAUUUGUGUUACAUAUACCUGCAGUAAGUGCAAAUUACCACCUUUGUAAUGGAUUUAACCAUUUAUUGCAUCUUUAUUUUUCAGUUUGAAGAGGUUGUCCUAAUUGUUUACAUUAUUUUGUUUAUUAAAUAAAACGUCACUAACUAAUUUGGUAAAGUGAACCUUCAAUAAAAGUUUGAGCAGGAAA